ACAGUAUCAAACGGAACAGAACAGAGCACAGUACGUAGUGUCGUCAGCCGUAAUUUAAUAUGGGCCCCAACUGAAACUCCCACUUACCCUAUUCUCUCUUCUCUCUGAUGCUGUUGCUUCCAUUGAUUCAUUCAUUCAUAAAAGGAAACCAUUUUCUUUCUCUACAUUCCAUGUAUUAAGCAUCAUCAAUGGCUUCUUACAUCUAACUGUAGAGAGAGAAAGAAAAUGAAAUGAUUCAUAUUCAUAACAUAUGAAGAUGAUAAAGAAGAUGAUGAAGAAGAUGAACCCAUCACCCAAUCACCUUUCUCUCAUAUAAAUCUUGUUCAUAAACUCAUACUAUCUCAUAUUGAAGAUUUUAGAGAUGGAUGUUGCUAAAGAAGAUGAGCAAAGCCAUAGUAAUAAUAAUAAUAAUAAUCAUAAGAAGCAAGUUAGGAGAAGGUUACAUACUAGUAGACCUUAUCAAGAAAGACUUCUAAAUAUGGCUGAAGCUAGAAGAGAAAUUGUAGCUGCACUUAAGUUUCAUAGAGCAGCCAUGAAACAAUCAUCCAAUCCAAGACAACAACAAGAACAAGAACAAACAACAGAGGUGGUGGUGGGUAAUUUACAGAUUUCAAAUAAUCUUCCACAUCCACCAACAGUACUAGAAGAAGAACAACAAUCUUAUUAUUACCCUCCUCAUACACAAAGCAGCAGCUACAUCAACAACAGCAAUAUUAGUUCAUGUUGUUCUUAUUUUCAACAACAACAACAACAACAACAACCCAAUUCAGGUUGUAACUACUUAUGGCCAUCUUCAUCUUCUUCCAUUUACCAAUUUGGUUCUUCAUCAAUUGAUCCAUUCACGGCAGUUAAUGAUGACAUGAUUGAUUUCCCACUGCCGAAUCAAACCUUGGGAUUAAACCUCAACCUUAAUCAGUUUGCUAACUUGGAAACAUCUGUUUGCUGGAAAAUGGAUAAUACCAAUUCGUCUUCUUCCAAUUCCAAUUCGAAUACGAAUACGAAUUCCCCCAGUGUUGUUCAGGAUCAUGGAGUGAAAGCUGAGUCGGCUGUAAUGAUAUCGAGUGAUGUGAAGAUGGAGUUAUCGAAAGAGGAGGUGGAGACAGUAGGAGGAGAAUAUGAUGAUGAGGUGAAUUUGGUAACAUCUGCUUCUGCUUGGUGGUUUAAGGUGUUUAAAAACACAACAGUGACAAAACCAGAAAUGGAACUAGAACUAGAACUAGAACAAGAAACAGAACCGGAUUGCAAUUAUCUGUUUGAUGAAAGUGCUAAUGGUUUUGUUCCACAUUGGCUGUCGAGUGAAGAGGAAUCAAGCUGUUUCCAUGAUCAUACAACACAUGAUGAUCAUUCAUUGCCAUGUAUGGAUAUUGGAGAGAUUGAAACAAUUGAUGGGGAGUGGCUAAGCUGAUCAAGAUGGCGCCCUAAUAAUAUCUCUAGAAGGUUUGUUCUGUCUUUUGUUUUUGUUGAACAUUAUUAUUAUUAUUAUUAUUUAAGUUGGGGUUUCUACUUUUGGCAAAAUUUCAUGAAUAAUAAGAAUGAGAAGAGAAUUAGGUUCCACAACACAUAUAAUAGUGAGUAGUUGUUGAGGACCGUUUUUAUAUU